AUGGGACCAGUGUAUGCCAAACGACAUCGGUACACAACAAAAAUAUCUGAGCUAUAUGAUAUACAAGGUGGGCACUGGCCUAAAUCAAGAGUACCAGUACAGGUGCGACCUCCCACUAUACCAGUACUGGUGCGAGCUCCCACUAUACCAGUACUGGUGCGACCUCCCACUAUACCAGUACUGGUGCGAGCUCCCACUAUACCAGUACUGGUGCGACCUCCCACUAUACCAGUACUGGUGCGAGCUCCCACUAUACCAAUAAUGGUGCGAGCCGCCACUAUACCAGUACUGGUGCGACCUCCCACUAUACCAGUACUGGUGCGAGCUCCCAUUAUACCAGUACUGGUGCGAGCUCCCACUAUACCAGUACUGGCGCGAGCUCCCACUAUACCAGUACCGGCGCCACCUCCCACUAUACCAGUACUGGCGCGAGCUCCCACCAUACCAGUACUCGUGCGAGCUCCCACUAUACCAGUACGGGCGCGACCUCCCACUGUACCAGUAAUGGUGCGAGCUCCCACUAUACCAGUACUGGUGCGACCUCCCACUAUACCAGUACUGGUGCGACCUCCCACUAUACCAGUACUGGUGCGAGCUCCCACUAUACCAGUACUGGUGCGAGCUCCCAAUAUACCAGUACGGGUGCGACCUCCCACUAUUCCAGUACUGGUGCGAGCUCCCACUAUACCAGUACAGUUGCGACCUCCCACUAUACCAGUACGGGUGCGAGCCCCCACUAUACCAGUACGGUUGCGAGCUCCCACUACACCAGUACGGUUGCGAGCUCCCACUAUACCAGUACAGGUGCGACCUCCCACUAUACCAGUACUGGUGCGACCUCCCACUAUACCAGUACUGGUGCGAGCUCCCACUAUACCAGUACUGGUGCGAGCCCCCACUAUACCAGUACGGUUGCGAGCUCCCACUACACCAGUACGGUUGCGAGCUCCCACUAUACCAGUACAGGUGCGAGCUCCCACUAUACCAGUACGGGUGCGAGCUCCCACUAUACCAGUACUGGUGCGAGCUCCCACUAUACCAGCCAUCCGUGUGUUUCCAUCAUGUUAG